AUGGUUGCCAUGAGCACCACAGCCCUGGCAGCCCCUUCGACCAUCACUCUUCGCGCCGAUGAUGUGGUACUCUACGGCAACGGCCGCUACCAGAUCAUGAAGCGCACUGACCUCGACGAACUCGAGGCCUUCCGCAAGAACGCCACCGUCCCACCCAUGCCCGGGUACCUGGACUCAAACCUCGUCACUACCUCAGGUCCCAAUGCGACCAACAACACGCAGAAAGAAAGCCGCUCCGUCCAGAAGCGGGCAGGCUCAACCAUCGUCAUCCCCAACCCCGACUCGCGCUUCCUUGGGUGGGACGUCCAGAUGUCCCAAGUCACCAAAGGCGCACCUACCAGGGUAACCGUCUCAACCGGCUACGACAUCUCCAACAGCAUCUCGGUCGGCACAUCCGCCUCCCUCACCAUCGUCGAAGACUUCCUUUCUGCCUCGUACUCCAUCGACUACAGCCAGUCUUGGACGUCGUCGCAGUCGCAGCAAUUCUCUGGUGAGGUGCCAGCGGGCAAGUACGGCGCGUUCGUAAGCAAUCCUUGGACGAACAGGAAGAGCGGAAAUGUAUUUGAGGGAAGGGUCGGGAGCGAGGGGACGUUGACGAGCUACCAGGCAGAUAGCUUUGAUGACAAGGCUUUUGGGCAGAUGCAGUGGGUGGAUGGGGUGAUCAGUCUUUGUGUUGGAGAUGCGUUUCCUUUGCCGAGAUGCUUGGGUGAGGGGACUUUGUAG